AUGAAACCCGAUCUCGGUGUCGUUCCUCCGGCUGGAACUCUCGGAGAAACAACCACCCAAAGGCUUAGACAACUUCGCUCAGAGAGCCGCUGUUUCAAGAAGGUCAGCCACGAAGAAAUCGGUUUGGCUACAGUCACAGCUCUUCGCCGAGAAAUCCCAGCUAUUGUCCCCAGUAUCACAUUCCUUUCUGGUGAUAAUCCGUACUGGAUGCAACGAUAUAAAUGA